AUGGGAACUGGUACAGCUGUGAGCGGACGAGUGAGGAAAGAUCUGUCUGAGAUAUCAAACGAACCGAAUCCAAAUGGGAAUAUUCCGGUGGCGAAACCGAUCUCCGCCGCUCAGGAGAAUCGUCCAAACUCACUGUUCGCUAAUGGCAAUUCCGGAGCCGUCCCUUCCCCUGAAAACAUUCAGAUGCUUCGAUCCGUUCUAGAUGAAAUGAAGCCUGAAGAUGUUUAUGUGAGUCCUGAAAUGUCGUCUUUUGGAUCUCAACCGAUGGGACAAUCUCCGGUGGUGACGUAUCUUCACCUCUAUGAAUGUCAUAGAUUCUCGAUUGGCAUUUUCUGUUUACCACCAUCUGAGCCGAGUUCGGACACUCGUUUGGCGGAAGUGAAAGUGGAUUCAGAGUUUACGGCACCUUGUGAAACUUCUAUACUCGUUCUUGAUGUUCUUGGUCCUCCUUACUCUGAUCCGGCGGGACGACAUUGCACCUACUAUUUCGAUUACCCGUUUUCGAAAUUCUCAGUUGAUGGAGUCGAUGUUGCUGAAGAGGAGAAGGAAGGCCAUGCAUGGUUGACAGAGAGGGAAGAGGAACCAGAGGAUUUGACGGUUAUGGCGUUGAUGUAUAGUGGACCAACAAUCAAAGAAUGA